AUGCUCGCGCCACGCCAGGCUCACGUCACGCUCACGCCACGCCCACGCCACGCCAGGCUCACGUCACGCUCACGCCACGCCAGGCUCACGUCACGCUCACGCCACGCUCAUGCCACGACAGGAUCAGGUCACGCUCACGCCACGCCAGGAUCACGUCACGCAUUCGCCACGCCAGGGUCACGUCACGCUCACGCCACGCCAGGAUCACGUCACGCACACGCCACGCCAGGGUCACGUCACGCUCACGCCACGCCAGGAUCACGUCACGUUAACGCCACGCCAUGCUCACGCCACGCCAGGCUCACGUCACGCUCACGCCACGCUCACGCCACGCCAUGCUCACGUCACGCUCACGCCACGCCCACGCCACGCCAGGCUCACGUCACGCUCACGCCACGCCAGGAUCACGUCACGCUCACGCCACGCUCACGCCACGCCAUGCUCACGUCACGCUCACGCCACGCCCACGCCACGCUAGGCUCACGUCACGCUCACGCCACGCCAGGACCACGUCACGCUCACGCCAGGAACACGUCACGUUCACGCCACGCUCACGCCACGCCACGCUCACGCCACGCUCACGCCACGCCCACGCCAGGAUCACGUCACGCUCACGCCACGCCAGGGCUCACGUCACGCUCACGCCACGCCCACGCCACGCCAGGAUCACGUCAGGCUCACGUCACGCUCACGCCACGCCACGCUCACGCCACGCCCACGCCAGGGUCACGUCACGCUCACGCCACGCCAGGGUCACGUCACGCUCACGCCACGCCAGGAUCACGUCACGCUAACGCCACGCCAGGCUCACGUCACGCUCACGCCACGCCCACUCCAGGAUCACGUCACGCUCACGCCACGCCAGGAUCACCUUAUGCCACGCUCACGCCACGCCAGGCUCACGUCACACACACGCCACGCCAGGGUCACGUCACGCUCACGCCACGCCAGGAUCACGUCACGCUCACGCCACGCCCACGCCACGCCAGGCUCACGCCACGCCCACGCCACGCCAGGCUCACGUCACGCUCACGCCACGCUCAUGCCACGCCAGGAUCAGGUCACGCUCACGCCACGCUCACGCCACGCCAGGAUCACGUCACGCAUUCGCCACGCCAGGGUCACGUCACGCUCACGCCACGCCAGGAUCACGUCACGCACACGCCACGCCAGGGUCACGUCACGCUCACGCCACGCCAGGAUCACGUCACGUUAACGCCACGCCAUGCUCGCGCCACGCCAGGCUCACGUCACGCUCACGCCACGCCCACGCCACGCCAGGCUCACGUCACGCUCACGCCACGCCAGGCUCACGUCACGCUCACGCCACGCCCACGCCACGCCAGGCUCACGUCACGCUCACGCCACGCCAGGCUCACGUCACGCUCACGCCACGCUCAUGCCACGACAGGAUCAGGUCACGCUCACGCCACGCCAGGAUCACGUCACGCAUUCGCCACGCCAGGGUCACGUCACGCUCACGCCACGCCAGGAUCACGUCACGCACACGCCACGCCAGGGUCACGUCACGCUCACGCCACGCCAGGAUCACGUCACGUUAACGCCACGCCAUGCUCACGCCACGCUAGGCUCACAUCACGCUCACGCCACGCCCACGCCACGCUAGGCUCACAUCACGCUCACGCCACGCCAGGACCACGUCACGCUCACGCCAGGAACACGUCACGUUCACGCCACGCUCACGCCACGCCACGCUCACGCCACGCUCACGCCACGCCCACGCCAGGAUCACGUCACGCUCACGCCACGCCAGGGCUCACGGCACGCUCACGCCACGCCCACGCCACGCUAGGCUCACGUCACGCUCACGCCACGCCAGGAUCACGUCACGCUCACGCCACGCCAGGGUCACGUCACGCUAACGCCACGCCAGGAUCACGUCACGCUAACGCCACGCCAGGCUCACGUCACGCUCACGCCACGCCCACGCCACGCCAGGAUCACGUCAGGCUCACGUCACGCUCACGCCACGCCACGCUCACGCCACGCCCACGCCAGGGUCACGUCACGCUCACGCCACGCCAGGGUCACGUCACGCUCACGCCACGCCAGGAUCACGUCACGCUAACGCCACGCCAGGCUCACGUCACGCUCACGCCACGCCCACUCCAGGAUCACGUCACGCUCACGCCACGCCAGGAUCACGUCACGCUCACGCCAACUCUCAGCUCUCUCAGCUCCUUAUGCCACGCUCACGCCACGCCAGGCUCACGUCACGCACACGCCACGCCAGGGUCACGUCACGCUCACGCCACGUCACGCUCACGCCACGCUCACGCCACGCCCACGCCACGCCAGUCUCACGUCACGCUCACGCCACGCUCACGCCACGCUCACGCCACGCCCACGCCACGCCAGGCUAACGUCACGCUCACGCCACGCCCACGCCACGCUAGGCUCACGUCACGCUCACGCCACGCCAGGAUCACGUCACGCUCACGCCACGCUCACGCCACGCCAGGAUCACGUCACGCUCACGUCACGCUCACGCCACGCCAGGAUCACGUCACGCUAACGCCACGCCAGGAUCACGUCACGCUAACGCCACGCCAGGCUCACGUCGCGCUCACGCCACGCCCACGCCACGCUAGGCUCACGUCACGCUCACGCCACGCCAGGACCACGUCACGCUCACGCCACGCUCACGCCACGCCAGGAUCACGUCACGCUCACGUCACGCUCACGCCACGCCAGGAUCACGUCACGCUAACGCCACGCCAGGCUCACGUCACGCUCACGCCACGCCCACGCCACGCUAGGCUCACGUCACGCUCACGCCACGCCAGGACCACGUCACGCUCACGCCAGGAUCACGUCACGCUCACGCCACGCCACGCUCACGCCACGCCCACGCCAGGAUCACGUCACGCUCACGCCCCGCCAGGGUCACGUCACGCUAACGCAACGCCAGGCUCACGUCACGCUCACGCCACGCCCACGCCACGCCAGGCUCACGUCACGCUCACGUCACGCUCACGCCACGCCACGCUCACGCCACGCCCACGCCAGGGUCACGUCACGCUCACGCCACGCCAGGAUCACGUCACGCUAAUGCCACGCCAGGCUCACGUCACGCUCACGCCACGCCCACGCCAGGAUCACGUCACGCUCACGCCACGCCAGGAUCACGUCACGCUCACGCCAACUCUCAGCUCUCUCAGCUCGUGA